AUGACCCAUAGCUCUUUUGGUGAAGAUGCAGAUCAACCUCGGAUAAUCGACCCAUGGGAAGAAAAUUGGCAGUAUGCCCCCACUCCUGGUUACUUCGGUAGAACACCCGAAACCUCGUACUCCCCCAGCCCUACCCCGUAUCGUGCCACGGAUCAGCCACAGUCGGAUCAACUCAAUUUUCUACCAUUUGCCGAAUGGGAAGAAGGUGGCGAAUAUGAUGAAGAGCAUCCGAGAUACGUCUGUUACACAAUCGAAUGGAAACUUAUACUCAACCGCAAGGCGGUAGGUAGAGUGACCGAAGAAGAUUUGGUUGUAGCUCCUAGCGAGUAUUGGAAGGAGACUCUGAAAGCAGGAGUUGAAGAUAUGCUGCAAAUGAAAAAGAAACGUCACCAGAGAGUUCGAUCUGAGGGCACGGCCGUUACGAUGAAAUCGAACGACCAGUCCCAGAGGAAUAUCGAAAAAUUCUACAAUUCCACUAACAUCGACUGGAAACCAGUGGAGAAGCAGCUGCGUAAAUGGAGCAAUUUGCUUCGUAUUGGAAAGAAGCUCACCAUAGUCAUUGCCUUUAAUUAUAGGAGUGAAGAUGAAGAUUAUUCUGCGACAGCGUCAAGGAGAGUCGACAAAAGAGGCCGUGUGUCUGCAACAAGCAGAAUGUUGACUGAGCGAGAGGCUCAUAUUGCUGAUGAGGAAGAGAGAACUGGGCGAACCGCAACGUGGAGUGCUGCCCGCUUAAGUCUGAUUGAAAGACUUAUUGAGCAUGUUGAUGGUGGUGGGAGCCUUGAUUGUCACGAUGAUCUCCCUAGCGAUAUCCGUCGAGACCUGGUUCUGGAAAGUCAGUUAGGAAGAAAGUCGAAAAAGGCUGAUAUGGCAUCGACUGGGCCACCGUAUCCUCCAACCAUUAUCAAUGUUCUGCCAGCACAAACCGGGAGUGCGUCCACGGUUACUUCGUCCCUGCACAGACAUACACCUGACGAGCCUCUCGUAAUUCCUGGGCCUCGGGAAGCGGCAGUAAGGGAAUACUGCAAGUGGUUGGAAUCACGCGCCACCGACGAGGAAUACAAAGCAGAUUUCCGGAAGGUUUGCCAGGUGACGUUGGAAAAUCACCUCGACCUUGAACUGAUCCUUGAAGACCCAGACGCUGGCUUCUUUGUUCAACGAGGAAUUCAAAUUGGAACAGCCCGUCGCUUCGUACGUGAUAUAAAUGAAUGGGCCAGAGUGAUGAAAUUAAACAUGGGAAUUGACCAAGGUGCUGGAGAUAUUCUUGAUGGUACCGAACAACUUUGA